GCGCAUGCGUAGUUGUGCCUCUCUUAACAUGGCGCUGGCCAUUAGGACCAUGCUUUGGCGAAGGGCGAUGAGUAGCCUGAGGCAGAGAGGGCGGCUCCUGUGGACCCAGGCUUUACCCAGUGCCUCACUCCACCUCCAGCUCCCGCAGCUCCGGGCCUACAGCACAGAAACUGACCCAGCCAAAUCUGAAGAGCCAGUUGCUUUUGACACUGAAUCCCGCUUUAAGGAGAAGCCUUGGGAGUAUCUGGAGACAGAAGAAUACAUUGAGAAAUAUGGUAACAAUCCUGUCUGGUUUGGCUAUCGACGUAACCACCGGGGCUCCAUCGGACCUCAGAAGACACGCAAGAAGUGCAUAAGAGGAGCAAAGGUUUCAAGGAACGCUUGCCCCAUCUGCAGAGACCAGAAACUUCAUGUGGAUUACAGGAAUGUGAAGCUCCUGGAUCAGUUCAUUUGCCAGUACACAGGGGACAUCUACCAUGCCACAUACACAGGGGUUUGCAUGAAGCAGUAUAAACAUUUGAUUCGGGCCAUUGAAAAAUCUCGUGACUAUGGUCUCUUGAGCUUUCCAGUCCCCUAUGUGGAACUGGAGGCUGAGGACUACAACUCUGUACACCAGGCUGUGAGCAAGACCCCUCUAGCUCCUGCUCUGCAGAACCAGGCACCUUGGUACCCGUGGUAUGCCUGGCAGCAACCACCUGAUAAAGAAAUUGCCAGGAUCCGGAGGAUCUAUAAGAACUACCUGAAGGAGGAAACCAGCCCAGCUUGAAACCCUAGGACAGGUAUGGACAACAUGUGUUGGCAAAAGGUCUGAGGUUCUGUGGUGAGCUGUGGUACUGGUCUUUGUCCCUCAGGAGCUGUCUCUAGGAUUGCUAACCCCUGUGGGGAUGGCACUGGAGACAUCUUGGAUGUAAUUUGUUACCCACCAAAACUUCCACAAGAAUAAACUUGAAGCUGCUGA